AUGGCUAUCGUGGACGAGAAGCAAAUCAAGACCGUGGCUGAAAGCCCGGAGAGCCAGAGCGAUGGGGGCCACAGCGAGGUUGACUGGUCGCAGGAGGAGGAGCAGCGCCUGCUCCGAAAGGUCGACAUCUUGAUUAUGCCUCUGCUGAUUCUUGCUUUCUUCGCCCUGCAACUCGACCGCGGAAACAUGGGCUUGGUCGCAACAUUCCAAGCAUUCCAGAAGGGUCUCGGUCCAUUCAUGGUAACUCGGCUGCUUCUUGGUCUCUGCGAAGCGGGAUUUAUUCCUGCUGCUCUGUACACCAUGACCCGGUGGUACAAGAAGGAGGAGACUAGCAGGAGGUUCUCUUGGUUCUUCCUCGGCAAUAUGCUUGCUGCCGCAUGCUCUGGCCUUAUCGCCUAUGGCAUUUUGCACAUGAGAGGCGUCGCUAAUCUGGCUGGAUGGCAAUGGCUUUUCUUGCUUGAGGGCAUCUUCACUGUGCUCGUCGGUAUCUGCUUUCUCGUUUUCUUCCCAAACCAAGUCAGCAACCCGGUGUCCCUGGCUGGACUGCGAUACUUCAGCGAGCGGGAGGCGGAGAUCCUCUACAAGAGAGUUAUGCUUGACGAUCCUUCCAAGGCGCACCCGAAGAAGUCCGUUAGUUGGCCGGAGUUGAGAGAAGCAUUGACAAACUGGAAACUGAUACCCCACGUCAUAUUCACCAUUGCCGCUUUGUCACCGUCAUCGACUCUGAGCUCGUACGCACCUUCGUUAGUUGCUUCGAUGGGAUACGACAGACUGCAAGCCAAUGCCAUGGUUUCCAUCGGCGCCUGGAUUUUGAUCCCAGUCAACCUGUUCUGGGGCUGGAUUGCCGAUAAAACAAGAGUGCGCGGGCCAUGGGUGUUCCUGGGACUGCUGAUCUUCUGGGGCUUCAACCUUGGCAACCUGUUGCUGAUUGAUUCUGAUCGUACAAAGAGAUUUACCAUGUUGACUCUUUCGGUGGCAUUUUCGUUCCCUUGGCAUCCCGUCAAUGGCGCCUGGGUUUCGAUGAACGCCAAGUCUGCUGGCGAACGCUCAAUCACAAUGGCCAUUCUAAUCAUGGCUGCGAACUGCUCUGGCAUUGUGGGUAAGCAGUUGUUCCGGGAGGGCGAUGGACCCAAGUACCGCCAGGGGUGGACUGUCAUCACGGGCCUGGUGACUGCCGCAGUUGUUUGCGGCAUCUGGGCCAACGUGCAGUAUUACAUCUUGAACAAGCGUAGACUGAGCCGGACCGGUCUGUCUUAUCAGUACUAA